AUGAAGAAUCCGGAGCACGAGAGCGGCUACUUCGAGGACGGUAGCGACGUCGAGAUCACCGUCGAGGAAACGACCGUCGCCGAGGAAAGGAAGUACGGUUCGGCCUGUUACGGCCUAGCGAAGGCCAUCCACAGCCUCGACGUCAGGGACUCCAGCGAGCCAGUUUCCGAUGACUACGAGGACAGAUUCAAUAGAGUGAACCUGGCUGACAGUGGAGGCCAGAGGGUAGACAUGACGCACUUCGACUUGCUGAAGGUCCUCGGAACCGGAGCUUACGGAAAGGUGUUCCUGGUGCGAAAGAGGACUGGCACCGACGCUGGUCGUCUUUAUGCCAUGAAAGUCCUGAAGAAAGCGUCCAUCGUGCAAAAGAAGAAGACGACGGAGCAUACGAAGACGGAGCGACAAGUUCUGGAGGCCGUUCGAGACAGUCCUUUUUUAGUUACGUUGCAUUACGCCUUUCAGACGGACGCGAAGCUCCACCUGAUAUUAGAUUAUGUCAGCGGCGGGGAGUUGUUUACGCAUUUAUAUCAACGGGAACACUUCACCGAGGACGAAGUGCGGAUUUAUAUCGGUGAAGUUAUUUUGGCGCUAGAGCAUCUGCACAAACUGGGGAUCAUUUAUCGGGACAUCAAGCUGGAAAACAUUCUGUUGGAUCGCGAGGGCCACGUGGUGCUUACCGAUUUCGGGCUGAGCAAAGAGUUUCUGCCGCACGAAAGGGACAGCAACGCUCGUGCCUACUCGUUUUGCGGAACUAUCGAGUACAUGGCACCGGAAGUGGUACGAGGGGGCUCCGCGGGCCACGAUAUUGCGGUCGACUGGUGGAGUGUGGGCGUGCUUACGUACGAAUUGUUGACCGGUGCGUCGCCUUUUACGGUCGAAGGAGAGAAGAACACGCAGCAGGACAUCUCCCGAAGAAUCUUGAAGACCGACCCACCGAUACCCAGUCACCUAAGUUCGACGGUUCGGGACUUUAUACUCCGCCUUCUAGUAAAAGAUCCUCGGCAGAGGCUCGGCGGCGGGCCGGAGGACGCCAGAGAACUCAAAGAACAUCCGUUCUUUAAGAGGGCACCGUCUCCAUUUAGCUGGGGUUCUCUGGAGAGACGACAAAUCACUCCACCGUUUGUUCCCCGCAUCACCCACGAACUAGACACCAGCAAUUUCUCCGACGAGUUCACUAAAAUGAUCGCUGCCGAUAGUCCGGCUGUCGUUCCACCCAAUUACGAUAAAAUCUUCCGGGGAUACUCAUACGUGGCGCCCUCGAUACUGUUCGGGGAGAACGUGGUCAGUAAAGACAUAUUCAAAGAGGCCACGAAAGCCAGCACCGAGUCCCAGAGACCGUCCGCCUCGGAUGUCCUCGCAGUCCGGUUCGAGGAAUCGACCUUCUUCCAAACCUACGAACUCGAUCCACGCGAGGAGGCGCUGGGUGACGGUAGUUUCUCCGUUUGUCGGAAGUGCAGACACCGGAAAACGUUGCAGGAGUUUGCCGUGAAGAUUGUCAGUCGCAGAAUCGACUGCGGAAGGGAGGCUAGUUUGUUGCGAACCUGUCAGGGACACUCGAACGUGGUCAAGCUGAUCGAAGUCCAUCAGGACAGAGCGCACACGUAUUUAGUAAUGGAAUUGUUGUCCGGUGGCGAAUUGCUACGGAGGCCGAGGCCGUUCACGGAGCAACAGGCGAACAGAAUAAUGCGACAGCUGGCGUCCGCCGUGCGGUUCAUGCACUCCCGGGGCGUUGUACACAGAGACCUGAAACCCGAGAACAUUGUGUUUGUCCACAGCGGGGCGGACUCACCGGUGAAGAUCGUGGACUUCGGUUUCGCCAGGAUAAAACGUGGCUGCGAGCCUUUGCACACACCCUGUUUCACGCUCCCCUACGCAGCCCCCGAAGUAGUGGCCAGACAGGGUUACGAUCAAAGCUGCGACCUAUGGAGUUUGGGCGCCAUUUUGUACUCGAUGUUAUCCGGGAAGCCACUGUUUAGGACAGGCUCGCCGGAUCUGGUUACCAGGAUCAGAGCAGGGGAGAUUGACUUCGACGGCGACUCGUGGAAUCAUGUCUCCAGCCUGGCGAAACAAGUCGCCAAGGGUUUGUUGACCGUCGAUCCAAACAAAAGACUGACCGCGAGCGGCUUGGCGAAUCAUCCGUGGCUAGCCGAGUCGUCCAGUACUUCCGUCGACAUGAUCACACUCGACAUCAGCACGAAUGCCUGUUUCCUGGAGAAGCCGGAUGGCUUCCGGUUGCGAGAGGUAGACGGGGCGCGACUGGCCCAGAGGAGGAAGCUGCACAAACGCUCCACAUCCAGUUCCGUGUCCUCCUCCGCGUCCACUACAUCCAUUUCCGUAUACUCCUCCCCGUCCACCACAUCCUCAAGCCCCUCUGUACAACUGAUACGACCUCCCAGCGCCGCGACGAAUCUCGCCGCUUCCGCCUCGCCGGCGCAACCCAGCGCAUUCGACUUCGGCGAGGACAAGGUGAAUGAAUAUCUGAGCUCCUUGUCGUCGUCCUCCGACUCGAACUCGCCGAGGAUCAUGCAACAGGAGGCGCCCAAGAAACGGCGCAAACGCGACGGCGACGACGACGAGUCCAAGCCGAAACGGCACAAAAGACACGACGGGGACAGUGAGGUUUAUAAGAGCAGGAUCGGUCCGGUGACGAGGUCUAGGAAGAGAAAGUUGGAAGAACAGACUGUGAACAGUGCGGAUGGCCAGUCCGAGUCUGAGGGAUCGCAGACAGACUCAAGGGACGUCCAUCGGAAACAGAAGGCCGGCAAACGGCCCAAACGACUCGCUACUAUCAUAGUGGAGUAGAUCGUGUUCCCCAUUUCGAAUCGGUUCGGCAGUCUCGCACCUCGUGUCUCCUAUAUGCAUUUGUCACGUGAUGAUGCUGUUGUAACGUUGCUGCCUUCGAAGCUCACGCGCGAGCGAACCAUUGCGUCAUUCCUAUGUCCGGAACUUGGCCCAGGGAGACCAUUUUAGCAUUUCGUGCGCGUUCGUCCGGUGUUCCGUUACGAAAACACGCUUCCGUUUGGACGAUCGAUAUUCCCAUACUAAUGGGUAUAUGGAUUACUUAGGGUACAUACUAUUGCACCUUGGUACAUAAUGUAAAAGAAGGAUGACCACAGGUUUUGAAUAGAUAUAUUGC